CUGCUGGCGGGAAUGCAUGAGAGAUACACACACACACACACACACACACACACACACAGAGAGAGAGGUGGGAAGGAGAGAAAGGAGAUAACGUGUGCGUGCGUGUUUGUGUGUGCGUGCGGAUUGCACCACCGCAUCCCGUUCACUGUUUCUGCAGGCGGCCGAGCUCUGAUGGAGAUAAUAAACCCACACUAGGGUUUUUUCCCCCUCUUAUUCAGACACUGCUCCUUCGUUCCAGAUGUGACCGACAAGUCGUUUUAUGACGCCCGCAUUCUGUCCCGCGCUGCUCACCUCGGAGAGACUGUGACACCAUGGCUUUGGUUAUGGAGCCUAUCAGUAAAUGGACACCAAAGCAAGUGCUGGACUGGAUGAAAGGUCUGGAUGACUGCCUCCAGCAGUACGUGAAGAGCUUUGAGCGGGAGCAGAUAGGAGGAGAGCAGUUGUUGCACAUCACCCACCAGGAGCUGGAAGAGCUUGGUGUCACCAGAAUAGGACACCAAGAGCUCAUCCUUGAAGCUGUGGACCUCCUCUGCGCCCUGAACUAUGGUUUAGAAACAGAGAACCUCAGAACACUGUCCCAUAAGCUAAACGCUUCAGCAAAGAACCUCCAGAACUUCAUCCUGGGCCGACGGAGGGGUGGUCAUUAUGAUGGACGAGCCUCCAGAAGGUUGCCCAAUGAUUUCCUUACAUCAGUGGUGGAUUUAAUUGGUGCUGCCAAGAACCUGUUGGCCUGGCUUGACAGGUCUCCAUUCGCCAGUGUGACUGAGUAUUCAUUACUGAAGAACAACAUUGUGCAGCUGUGCUUAGAGCUAACCACCAUUGUACAACAGGACUGCACUGUGUAUGAAACAGAGAAUAAGAUUCUUCAUGUGUGUAAGACUCUAGCAGGGAUUUGUGACCACAUCAUCUCUCUGUCGUCGGACUCUCUGGUCUCUCAGUCAGCACAUCUGGAGGUGGUCCACCUUACCAGCAUCAUGCCCAGCGAAGGCCUGGGGAUGUAUAUCAAGUCAACAUACGAUGGACUCCAUGUUAUCACUGGAACCACAGAAAACUCACCUGCAGAUCAGUGUAAGAAGAUCCACGCUGGAGACGAGGUGAUCCAAGUCAACCACCAGACAGUGGUGGGAUGGCAGCUGAAGAACCUGGUGAAUGCUCUGAGAGAAGACCCAUGUGGGGUCAUUCUCACACUGAAGAAAAGACCCCAGAACACCCUGAGCUCCACACCAGCUCUUCUCAGGAACGUACGCUGGAAACCACUGGGCUUGCAGCCUAUCCCCACCAGCCCUACCAGCACGUCCCCCACACCUGGUGGAACUCUGGGCAUGUCCAAAAUGGAAGCCCCUAGCAUGCAGGACGUCUACAUUCUCUCUCCUGUCUCCGGACUCUACAGCACCAGGGAGGAGAUGGGUCUCAUGUCGUGCGAUGACAUCGGCCGCUACAGCGUAAGCUCCCAGUCCGGAUCCAAGGGUUCAGAGGCCAUCAGCUACUACCUGGACCAGGACAGCGGCCAGUACUUCUCUCUGCUGGAGGGGGACGGACCAUCCGGGCCAGAAUAUGACCGAGGGCGCAAUACAGGCGUGCGGCGGCGGGACAAAACCCCAACGCAUGGUGAUCUCAGACCUGUUUCCAUGCCUCCUGAAUAUAACUGGAUGGCCGAAGCCAAGGAACCCUGCAUGGGCAAGAGAGGGAGCAGAGAUUCGGACAACUCGUUACUGCGGUAUCUCAGUGACGACAAGAUCCUGGUGAUUGAGGAGGAGCCCGAGGGUCCAGGCAGAGAAAGCCGGCGGGAUUCAACCAGACGCUCCCACCGCAAGAGCCGUAAUCCCAGCAGCCCUAGCUUUCCAAUCAGCCCAUCUAUGCUUUCCUCCACCCUACGACUUGAUCAACCACCUGAACCUCUGCCUCGAGGUGCAGACACAUUGCGAGCAGACACAACAGACAGGUACUCUGGGACAGGGAGCUCAGGAGCUGCCUCCAUGAGGAAGUCCUUCCAUUACACAUCUUUAAGAACGAAAACCAAAAAGAGAAGUAAAGGCUCCCUUACCAGUGCCAGUCGAAGGAGAAUCUCGUGUAAGGACUUGGGCCACGGUGACUGUGAGGGCUGGCUGUGGAAGAAGAAAGAUGCUAAAGGCUAUUUCACCCAAAAAUGGAGAAAGUACUGGUUUAUCCUCAAAGAAUCUUGCCUUUACUGGUACACCAACCAAAAUGAUGAGAAGGCUGAGGGCUUCAUCAGCCUCCCUGAGUUCAGGAUAGACCGAGCCAUAGAGUGCAGGCGGAAAUUUGCCUUCAAAGCCUGUCAUCCCAAAAUCAAGAGCUUCUUCUUCGCCACAGAUUGUCUUGAGGAGAUGAACAGGUGGAUGAACCGGCUGGGGUUAGCUGCUAUUGGCUACACACCAGAUGAUAAGGUGCCACGCCCCGAUGAAGACUACUGGAGUGAGAGCGAUCAAGAUGAAGUUGAUGGAUCGAUGACACUCAAACAGGAGGGGCCCUCAUCUCUCUGUGAUACUUACCACCGCACACCAUCUGCCAACCUCCUGCACAGUUAUGACCAGUUGCCCCGCUCAUUUAGUUCCAUGAGCCUCCUGCGAUCCAAUGCAUCCCCACUCCCAAAAAGUGCCUCCACUUCCCCAAUUCCUCCACAGAUGGUCUCUUCCACCUCCCCUCUCCCUCUCCAGGUUAAUUCUUCCAGCCCGUUCCCGGAGUCCAAACACGGUCGACAUUUCUCGAGCGAGUCCACGCACUCUCACUCCUCAGCUGAGGACCAGCGUGGAGAUGGAAUGGGCAUGGGCACAGGCACAGGCAGCACCAGCACUUACUCGUCCAGUUGCCGCUCCUCUCACCGUGAACGUCGCUCCUGGCAGGACCUCAUUGAAACCCCGCUGACCAGCGCGGGGCUACACUUUCUGCAGACGGCGCCGGGGGAAAGCGAUUACAGUGGCCUGAUGGGAGGAAUGGCCGGAGAGAUGGGUUAUUACGGAGGGCUGGGCAGGCAGGGAAUGUCCCCAGAGAGACGCCGGCAAGCAACGCUACCUGUACGGAGACACCAUGCAGCAGAGAGGGACAGGGAGCGGGAUGGACCCUUCCCUUUGGAGCGAGGGCCGUACACACACAGCCACACAUACCGACGCUCCCACAAGCAGCGGAGCCAGAGUCUACCCAGGAACAGAGAUCCAAUCCUAGGGAAACUGUUACACAGUGCUGCUCAUAUGGAGGAGAGGAGCGAAGAUGAGGAGGCAGAUGGGUCAGCUGCAGACAUGCUGGAGGCCGAGGACGACCUGCGGGAUUUCAGAAUGGACAGCAGAGAGAGGAGGGUGUCAGAGGGAAGGGAACGACGGGUUUCAGACGGACGUGAGCCUGAACCUCUGGAUGGGCUGGAGCAGCUUUACCGGGCUCUGGAGCAAGCCAACGUGACAGCUCUGGGAGACCCCAAACCCUGUAGCAAACAGGAGUUACGACGUUGUUUCACCCAGAGAGUUAGGGACCCCCUGCUCAACGAUCGGCUGCACAGGGUGCGAGCCCUCCGCAGCACUUUGAAGGCCAAAGAGUCUGAGCUGGCAGUGAUCUGCGCCCUCCUCGAAGACCCCAGCCUUUGCUCCCAGACCUUCAGAGAGUGGAAGCAGUGGCACAGCGAGCUCUACGCAGACAUCUGCCAGCUCAACCCCGGCACCAACGGCCAGGAGGACCUCUCCCCAAUGGGGGUGCCUCUCAUGACCCACACACACUCCUUCAUUGAGACGCACGUGUGAGGCAGAGGGCGACCGCACACGUACUCUCAGCCACUCAUACAGCAAUGAACACGCAGAGAGCUUUCCAUUGACCGAACACGACUCUGUGCACACACUCACACACAAACACAGGAACAGACAUUGUAAGAUGUGUAAAUAUCACAGAGGGGAAUAGUCUGAGAGGUGCGUGGAUGAACUUUUGAUAAUCAUGAGGACCCUCCCCCACACAGGGUGCCUAUUGCAUGCCUGAACAGAAAGCAUUAAUCUUCCUUUGUCUGUGGAACUCACAUAUAGUUCAAACGCUUGUUGAGCAAAGUAGGAAAAAAGGAGACUUUGAGCCCAGGUUUGUUUCUUUGUGUUCUGUUUGUUUUUGUUGAUGUUAGGGGACAGGGGGGAGCUAUGUAGCAGCAAUACAGAGGAGAAACCUUUUCACCACAGCACUGUACUUUUCUACUGAUGAACUUUGCACCCAGAGCCACCAGUUCUCCCCCUUUCUCUAAAUUUUCUUUUUUCUCAUUGCAUAUCUAGUUGAUUUACAGGGAAAUCAUUGUUAUUUCAGGCUGAUCUCAUGGGGAAUGUGAGAGCGGGAGCUUUGGUGUUAAGACUGUGAGAUGUAGCCAUUUUUUUUAGCUGUUUCUCUGGGAACCCAUGAAAUUAAGCAUCAAGCAACAACUGUGCCGGCCACAAGCACGCUCCUUUAAACUGUGAAGUGUUCAGACAUCCUAAAGGAGGCUCCUCUGUUCAAAUGCAAUCCUGUUUGCACCCUCUGAUUUUUUCCCUCUAGUAGUUCUCAAAGACUUGUGUAAAUGUGUAUACUGAUCUAAAUGUUUGAGUUCCACUACCACUGUGAUAUGCUUCUAGAGGUAGCGGAGAGAAGAUGGCGUGUUUCUAUUAGUGUGGGUGCAAGACUGUUUUUUCUUUGUUUUUUUACCUUUGUUUUUUCACUGAAUGCAAGAGCAAAGGAGUUCUCUUUUCAAAGAAGUCACUCACUGCAAAGAAUGCACUUUCUAUAUCUCUGUAUCCCAUCAGCUGCAUCACAGGGUCUGCGUCUCAUCAGCCUCUUUCCCAUUGCUGUUCAGAUAUCAGGUAAAUGCAUUUGCCGUCUCAUUUUCUAAAGAUUUGUGUACAGUCUACAGAUAUAUUUAAAGAUAGGAGAAUAUAUAAAUCUAUUUACGUUUUGUGUCAUAGAUAUAAUGUAAAAGUAAGAUGUAUUCUAUGCCAAGGUUUUUGCAGUGCCCCCCGCCGCCCUCUUCACGCUGUAGAUGCAGGGUGCUUGGCAGCGGUUUCACUGGUUCAAGUCACAGCUAAUCCUUCUCUCGGUGAUGUGUUGCAUGAGGAAAGAUCUGGGACUGGUUAGAAUGGAAAGGGUAAAAUACUGUGGAUAAUUUUUUCGUUUUAUUUAUUAGUCUUGUAGCACAUGAUACAUGCAAAAAUGUCGUUAAAGGGUUGUUUUAUGACACAUUUGUUAAGUCUUUUUUUUCACUGCAAACAGCUUAACGACACACACUGUACAAAAACUGGAGGUGAUAUUUUUUGCUGCUCAGUUCUUUGAAGUAAUGCAGAUGUUAAUUUAGCAUUCAAACAGGUUUCAGUUUGUUUUUUUGGUUCAUGUAUGGUGUCUGUUGAAAGUAUUCACACCCCUAAACUUACUCACAUUUUGGCACAGUAAUACCACAAACUUCAAUAUUUUUUAUUAGUAUUUCAAGUGAUAGACCAACACAAAGAAGUACGGUUUUUAUUUCGUUUUACAAAUGAAAUCUGAAAAAUGAGGCGUGUAUUUGUGUUCAUCACUCCUAGGUCAAUGCUUUGUAGACUGACCUUUCGCUGUGAUUACAACUGCAAGUCUAUUGAGAUGUUUCCACCAGAUCUUGAGACUUAUACUUUUGCCCGUUCAUCUUUGCAAAAUAGAUUAGGCUGAGAAAAUUUUGUGUGAACAUCAGCGGUCAAGUCCCAGUUUCUAAACUGGAUUUAGGACUGGACUUGAUGCUACCACUACAACCACAUUUCAUGGUGGGGAUGGUGUGUUCAAGGUUAAAUGGAGUGUUAGUUUUGUGCCACACAUGGUGUCUUGCAUGAAAGACAAAAAACUCUAUUCUAAACAAACUGUAUUUUGGUCUCAUCUGGAGAGAGAACCUUCUUCCAUUUGUUUUAUGCUGUACAUGGCUUGUGGCAAACUUUGAAUUUAUAAUUUUCUUCAGCAAUAGAUUUUUUUCUACCGUUCUUCCAUAAAGGCCAGAUUUGUUAAUUGCAUGACUAAAAGUUGUCGUGUCGACAAAUUCUCCCACCUGACCUAUGAAUCUUUGCAGGUCCUCCACAGAUACCAUGGACCCCUUGGCUCUGAUUAAUGCUCUCCUUGCCCGGCCUGUUAAUUUAGGUGGAUAGGCAUGCGUUGGUAGGUUUGUAGUUCUGCUAUACGUUUUUCACUUUGGGUGGUAGAUUGAACAGUGCUCUAAAGAAAGGUUAAAGACUUUCGAUAUUAUUGUCCAACCUAACUCUACUUUAAAUGUCUCCCACACUUUAUUUCUGACAUUUCUGCUGUGUUCCUUGGACUUCAUAAGGCAUUGUUUUCAUUAUUUUUUGCCAAUAAACCUCUGAGGCUAGAUUGUACUUUUUGGGGGUGUCAGAGCAAAGUGAGCUAAAAACAAUUGUUUGCCACACUUUUCAAAUUUUCAUUUGUAAAAUACUUUCAUAGCAUGUAACGUUUCACUUAAACAUUGGGUUACUUUAAAAUCCCAGUAAAAUACAUUGAAUACAUAUUGUCUUUGACUGAUGUCAAAUAUAUGUACAUAUAGGCUACAGCAUAGAAAGGUUCAUGGGGUGCUAUUACUUUUGCGAGGCCUAUAAAAAAGACUGAAUCAUGUAAAAAUGUUGCCUGUAGAGACAUUAGUGCAGUUACCUAUUAUUCCCUGCAGGGAAGUGGCUGAUGCUGGCUAGUCACAGACUACUACACUAAAAUGGCCUUUAUGAGUCGUUUCAACUGUAACAUCAGGCCAAGGCCUCAACGGUGCCCCCCAGUGUCCAAGACUCUGAAAAAUAUGUAGCACCUGCUGCAUCCAGCACUAUAUGUCCUGAUCUUCAUUUUACUGUUAGUCUAGAGUGGAUUUUUCAUCAUAUCACACCGAAGUGAAAUAUCAAACACAUCCACAGCUCAUGUUUUCCAAUGAUUAAUUUUAAGAGUGUCACAAAUAAACUUAAUGAUGCAAGCACUUUCCUUGUGCCUCCCAAAUCCUCUCUUUGACAGCAAAGGUCUCACCACACCAGUGUUCCCACGCAUCUGUGGAUGUCGAAGAGCGCCGAUGCAACUCCAUGCUCUCCGUUUUGUCGUAUGAAGUGCCGGUCUUCUAUCUCCAGCUCCUGCUCCCAUGAGCAGGUUACAUACUGUAGAUUAAGGAGUUCUGAGAGUAUUUAUUUUGUUGACACUGACUGUGUUAUCCCUCCCAGAUCUUUUUGUGUGCAUGUAGACCUGCAGAAACAGGCUGGAAAGGGAGAUUCCACUGUGUGUUCUUUCAGGGGUGUACACCUCAUGGUACAUUGCACAGGUGUGUAAGAUGUAAGUUGCACUGCGACAUUAAAAAAAGGAACAUAUUGCUCUUUUUCAAGGAUAAUAUUAGCUUACUAUUCUGUACAUUAAACUGACUAAAAAUGAUAUUAAAAAGAAAGAAAGUGACAUUUAUUCUUCCUAAAGUAGCCUUUUUUGAUUUCAUAUAUAUGAAAGUAUAUAAAUAUAUAUAUAUUAAAAAAAUACAGAUUGUAAACCUAAGUUGUUCAACUUUGACUUCAAUAAACUGAAUUAUCUGCA